AUGACUCAACUUCCCAUACGAACUCCCGAAGAGCGUUCCAUCGCUCGCUCGACAAAGCGUUCUCUGCACGGUCAACAAGAUUCCCCAAAACAACACCGCAGGAUCCUCAUCAUCGGCGACUCCAUCACUCAUGGCGGUGAGGGCGACUACACUUGGCGAUAUCGAUUAUGGCAAUGGUUCUCAGUUUCCUUCGUAGGACCCUACACUGGCGUCAACCCCCGCCCUUCUCUUGUUGCACCCCACCCUGUCCCUUUACCGGAUGACCAAUCUCCCGAUGAUCCGUAUUGCCCCCCAAACCGGAUCCCAUGGGGUUACGCUCGCGAUGUCGAUGCUUCAUUCGCAACAGGUUGUAGACAUUUCGCCACCUGGGGUUAUCAAGCGCACCAAUGUAUGCAGUCUAUCGCAAAAGUCGUGGAAGAUUGGUCGCCGGACUUGAUCAUCAGUCUUCUGGGCUUCAAUGAUAUUGGAUGGUGUGUGAGUGAUGCCGAGGGGACGUUGCAGGCUAUUCAGGGAAUCGUGAGAUUUGCUCGGAUUGCGAAGGAGAGAGUUCAGAAUUUCGUGAUAGGAAAUAUCGUGAACCGCACGCUUCUCGAUGGAAGAGAGGAUCUCAUCGAAAACACCCGAAAAUUCAACUCUCUACUCCUCGAUAGAGCCCAUUCUUGGGAUCAACAUAACAGCAAAGUCGUCGUAGCCGACGUCGCCGCACUCUACGAUUGUGGACCUCAAUAUCGCGAUUGGGCCCCCGCGGCAUAUGAUGGACUGCACCCGAGUGCGUUGGGAGAAUUCCAAAUUGCGAAAGCUUUUACCGAGACGUUGCAUCAAGAGUUUGGGUGGGGGAGCAAAGGGUUGGAGAUUCCAUCUUCGUCGCAUCAUGGUGAUGGUGGUGGUGUUCCGAAGAGGAAUCUACAAGUUCCAGAGGGCAUCACUGCGAAGAGUACGCCGAUGGGAAUCCAAGUCCUGUGGAAGGAUGUUUUUGGUGCGGCAUACCAGGUACACUGGCGGGAGUUUUCUUCUUACUCAUUGUCCUCGUCCUUCUCCUCGUCAUCGUCAUCACGAGGAAAGCCAGAACUCGUCAACAACAACAACGAUUGGACCCUUUCGGAAUCCUCUCAUCCACAAAUCUUCCUCCCUGUCCCACAGCAUUGUACGAUCGAAUUCCAACUCCGUUGCCACCAUGGCUUCGAAACAGGUCCUUGGUCUCCCAUUUACAAAGCGAAAUGUGUCGACGCUCCCAUUCCCGCUCCGACGAACAUCCAAACGUUUCCGAAUUCCAUAGGCUUUGAAGUCCGAUGGGAUGCUCCU